UUAGUAAACGGUCCAAUUCCACCGUGAGUUCCACGGUUCCACGAUGCAGUUUGUUAUUAUUGACGUUCAGCGAGGUUAUACGUGAUAGCAAGUGUUGAAUAUUGUAAAAUGAUACAUUAUGAUUAAAUCGGUGCGUCUCUGUAGUGUAUUCGUAUUCAUGAUAACGAUUUCGUUAAGUGAUCAGACAGACAACCCUAAUGAAAUCGAUUGCAAUAACCUCCGAAUGGGACAGUACAUAUGUCCUCACCCGGACUACGACUUCAUCGAUCCAAAAACUCAACAGCCCAAAGGCUGUACAAAAGAAAAUAAAGCCAAAAUUAUAUGUCAAGCAGCAGAUGGAAUUAUUUGUAUUGAAACAAAAAAUAAUACCUUCAAAAAGGAUAUUCCCUGCAAAUGGACCAAUGGCUAUUCCUUCGAGACAUCAUUACUGUUGUCAAUUUUCCUUGGGAUGUUUGGAGCCGACAGAUUUUACCUUGGAUACCCUGCCCUUGGGUUGCUUAAAUUAAGCACGUUAGGGUUUCUAUUCCUCGGUCAGUUUUGUGAUGUAAUACUUAUAGCAACGCAAAUUGUUGGACCUGCUGAUGGAUCACAAUACGUUAUGCCAUAUUAUGGAGCAGGGAUUACAGUAAUUAGUAGUAAUAAUUUUACAUACAGAGUACCUCAGUCUGAUUGGUGAAACACAACAGGUUGGAUUUUGAGUAUAUUUAAUUACUUCAUCAGUUACAUUUUCUGAUUACUGUUUAUUGUCUUUUAUUUCACAUAUAGUGUUUUGAAAAGUGAUAAAGUUAUUAUAUUUUGGUGAUCAGAAUUUUGUAUAAUAUAUGACACUGAAUGUUAGAUCCCUAUAAAUUCAUACAUUUCGCAAAGAAUGCAAAACAUUUGUUAAUUGCCAAACUUUUAUAAAUCUGCAUAAGCUAUAUCGCUUGGUUUUCUUAAAUUUAUAAAUGCAAUUGUCCACUGGAAGGUAUACAUAUUAUAAAUCCUAAUUUUACAUAAAUCCUAAUUUAAUAAUAUUUAAAUAUUAAUAAUAAAAGAGAUUUGUAUCUCAUAACAUCAUAAACUUGAUUCACGCAUAAAUUUGAUGAAAAUACACUCGACUUCCAUUCUUCGCAUUAUGAUGAUUCUUCAAUAUAAGUCAGAAAAUAAAAGAACAAUGAUACUUGUUUCUUAAGGGGUCUUUCUUAUACGAAUUUCUUAUGCAAGUAGAAUGCAAACGAAAAUCGUAAAUAACACGUUUUUCACAGUGAUUCUUUCACAAAGCGGAGUUGAACGCAUAUUCUGUAAGGGUUAAGUCAUUAUCAAGUCAAUCAUUAAGUGCAUUCUGUUACGCAGUGAAUAUUAUAUUAUAAUCACUGUUACUGUUGCUGCAUAAAAGAAUGUACUCAUUUUGAUACUACUUUCGCAAUACAGUGAGACUUCGCCUAGCUUUCAUUUACCCAGCUUACAUAGGUAAGUGAAGAGACAGAUCUCUUUCAUUUGCCAGAGUAGCGAAAGAGAGGGAAUCGUCAUUACUGUUCCUUGUACCUGACUGAUUCAUCCAGUUUUGAGUUAAUUAUUGCGAAACUGGUGUCAAAAUGAGUAUUAACUUUACAGAUUGUUCUCUCAACUCCCCGUUGGGAAAGAAUCUGUAAAAAUCUUGUUAAGUGUGAUUUUCGUUUACAUUUAUCUCAUGUGGUAAAUAAGAGGUCUGGAGUCCUCUUAAAAUAUUUGAUAGUAAAUCAUAUAUAUCUCAACAUAUUUUGGUUAUUGAGAUCAAAGACGAUAAAUAUGUAUAUAAUGUAAGAAAAUUAUUCUUAAUUGUACCUUUUUUGUCUAUGAAUUUGGUUCGAGCUUGUAUUUCUGGCUAGCGAAGGUUGUUGUUAAUAAAUUUCAUGAAGGAGAUAACAAAACGGAAAUAUCACUAAGGAAAUCUUAAUAUAGCCUAAAAUAACAAGAUGUUGAACAAUUCUAGUAAAAGGAUUUAUUAUGUAAAUAUAUGAACAUUGUACAUAUAUGUAUAUCACAGUCCAAUCGCUGUAUAAAUUUUAUAAAUAAAAUAAAUGCUGAGAAUGUUUUAUGCACA